GAAUAUCUCAUACUACAAAGCUGUGUACAGAGAGUUCCUAGUUUCUAGGCUCCUAGGUAUUUUAGUGUAUACAACAGAGAAAUGUCAUAUCGCCGUAUAUGACUUUUAAUUUUGAUAAAACUAUGUAUAGCCGCUUGUAUUUGUUAUAAGUAUUACUUGCAAUAGUACUUUGUGAUAAUUGUUUUUUACUUACAACGUUAAUAUAUCGUUUGUCUCAUAAAUUUCAAUGAUCAUCUAUUAUAUUGAGUAUGGUAGAAGAUAAAAAAUAUGAACUUGGCAGCCGAAUUGAGUGUGAUGAACAUCAGGGUACAUUAAAAUAUAUUGGUCCUGUUGGCAAUACGAAAGGUCAGUGGCUUGGUAUAGAUUGGGAUGAUCCAACUCGUGGAAAACACAAUGGGACAUACGAAGGAGUAGAAUAUUUUAAAGCUAGGCAUCCUACUUCUGGUUCAUUUAUACGCCCAGGUAAAGCAAAAUUUGGAAUCUCUUGUCCACAAGCUAUUAAAAUUCGUUAUGGUCUUAUUGAUGAUGAAUUAGCGGGUAUAGAUAGGGAUACAUUGACAAGCUUACAAAAGGAGAUUAAUGCUCCUUUCUUGGAAGUUGUUGGUUUUUCUAAAGUAAAUAGGAAACAAAGUAAAUUUGACCAAUUAAAAAUAGUGUGGCUGAGACAACAAUGUGUCAGUACUGCUGGUAAUCCUGAUGAAUUAAAAGAAUUGUGUCCAAAUUUGGAAGAAUUAGAUAUAUCUAGAAAUUUAAUAAAUAGCUGGCAAAUUGUAGCAGAUAUCUGCUGCCAACUUCAUUCUCUUAUUCGCCUCAAUGUCAGUGAAAAUUAUUUACCAAUUGAAGAAAAUAUGGAAGUACUAAGCAAUUUAUUUUCAACUGUUCAACAUCUAACCAUGGCAAAAAUGAAUUAUAAUUGGCUUGAUAUUCAACAAUGUAUGAAAAUGUUUCCAUCUCUUCAAGAAAUAUCAAUUUCUUUCAAUAUUGUCGACACUAUACAGAAACCAUUAGAGGAUGACAACCUCAUGAAAAUACGUAAACUAACGCUCGAAGGAAAUUUAAUAUCCAAUUGGGAUGAAAUUCUUAAAUUGGGUUCACUUUCAUGCUUAGAAUACCUAAAUUUAAAUUUAAAUAAGAUAGACAAAAUAAGAUUUCCAUCUGUUGAACCAACAGCAAAAACUCCAACCUUUCCUGCUUUGAGACAAUUGCAUCUAUCGCAAAAUAACAUAUCAGAGUGGCAGUCUGUAUCCGAAUUAGAAAAGCUUCGUAAUUUAGAAGAUUUAAAAUUUAGAGAAAAUCCAAUUUUGAAAGACGAAAAUGUAGAGACUACGCGUCAGUUAGUAAUAGCGAGAAUUUCAAAUUUACUAACUUUAAAUGGCACUGAAAUUGUACACGAUGAAAGACGAGGCGCAGAAUACGAUUAUUUGAAACUGUAUUUACCGAAAUGGAUCGAAACUGAAAAGGAUCCCGAAAAAAGAACUAAAUUUAUCAUCGAACACCCUAGGUACCCGGCGUUGGUUGCAAAAUAUGGAAUUUCUGAUAUCCCAUCAUUCAAACCAAAAGUGGAAAUGGUUUCUAACGUCAUAACAGUAGAGUUUCUGUGUCCAGAUCAUCCAAACCAACCUAGAGGCAUUAAAAGAAAACUUCUAAAAGACAUGGAAGUUCAAAAAGUCAUUGGACUUACGCAGCGGCUUUUCAGAACAGGAGGAAAGAUACCAUCACUCUCAUUUAUACAACACAAUCUUUCAAAAGACGAAAUUCCAUUGGACAAACCGCUUCAAGAACUGAGCUAUUACUCAGUACAAGACGGAGAUCAAGUUCUUGUGAGGUGGUGAUAUGAAAUGAAUUGUUCAUAGAUAUAAUUGUAUUUUGUACACUGUUAAAAUUUCAUCACCGUACUUUGUUAUUAAACUUUUUUAAUUGCACAAGAA